AUGCGUCCACUCAACUGGCUAGUUUACACCACCAUCCUUCGACUCGACCAGUGGAGAAGUGUGUGGCAUCCCAUCGUUCUUCUAUUGGCAAUUCCCAUAUGCCUUAUGUAUACUAUCCCGCUCAUCCUACUAGGGAUUCUUUCGGGGGCGCUAUAUCUCUUACCACCUCCUGAUGACCAACCAGUUGUCGAUGUAUCACACUCUGUGCUCUGGCUCUGCCAGACAUCCCUAGAUCCCGACGAUGUAUUUACUGCCAUGAAAAUGAUUCCUGAUGUUGCCUUCCCUACUACUGGUCUCGCAUCAUGGGCAGUUUGGGGGAAACUUUUUAGGCUAGUUCAGGACGGGCUCAAACGUCCCUCUCCAUCCCCUGCAGUCUUGAUAUAUGCAAAAGCGUUGACUUCUCUGUAUUUCACUUCCUACACCAGCAAGAGUCGGUUUUUGCCCUUCUUCAGCCGAAUUCACAUUCAAGAUGUAGCAAUGCUUCGUGUGGAUGUGCACCGUAGUGAUGACGAGACGUUGUUGUGCUUUGUGCUGAGUGUGUUUCAGCAAUGGUUCAACGUCGUUAGCGGCGUAUGGAUUGUCAGGAUACCCGAAGGAGAGGAUAUAAUCAGCGCGCUUGGCCCAGACAUCAAUCUUGAUGACGUACCUGAGGAUACUCUUGAAUGGUUCUUACAUCCUCUAUUACACGGUCUUUGCGGAGCAUCGCUGCCAUGGCUGCUGCCUAUCAAUCAAACACAUCCACUUCCUCCCCGAAAAAUCAUUGUAAGAUGUCUUCAUGUCAUGAUUGCGAUCCUCAAUUGGCAGUCGAUCGAUCUCGAUGAAAUUAAAAUCACAGAUAAUAGUGACAAGAUUGCAACAAUCUUCCCCCAUGUCCUCACUCUUCUGCUACGUUCAGAUAUUACAGCUGCAAUUAAAGAUGAUCCCAUUCCCAAUAUACAAUAUCCCGAAGUGACACGCUCCAUCUUAUCGAGAUCACCAAGCUCGCGUACCUUUUCGAUAAAUGAGGUCUUGAAUUUUAGAGCCAUACUGGAGCCUUUAGCACGCCUUGCCAGUGAAAUGGAAUUCAAACAUCAUUUCCAGGAUCGCCAGCUGAAAAUAUGGAGCACUGAUGUCUUGUGA